GUUGCUUACUGCACAUUCAGUCUUGGUUAGAUGAGUCGAGAGGAAGAUUCUUAUGAAGAACAGAUUCAUCUGAUUUAAUAACGGACUUCCAACGAGGUCUUUCAUUCCCUGUUAGUCCCGCCACGUUUUGUUCACUUUUAUUCCAGGGACGUUUUGAAUUGAAUUGUCUUGUAAAACCUACGACGUCAUGGCUUCUCACUUCGACCAAGAGAAUCAACUUCCUUCGACGCAAGCUGCUUCUUCACGCUUUGGUUUGAGGAAAGAAGCCGGCCAACCGAAAUUGGGGCUUUCAAUCGUCAACUCCAAUGCUGCUAAUUCAAAGAAGGCAUCUCAGCUUCAGAGCAAGAAGGCUCCUGCCUUUGCAGUGUUUGAUGAGAAUGCUACUGAUAACACUGAUAAAGUCAACAAGGGACAGAAUUACUGGAACCCAAUCCCACCCAUCAAUGUGAAGCAACAGUCGUUUGCUGAACCGAAGCAGGGGUUUGCUGUCUACAGAGAUGAAGUUGCAUCCAAGUCCCACAGACAAGCUUUGGCUCCAAUUUCUCAGAGCCUUGAAGAUUCAGCUUGCAGCUUUAUGUCCAUGAACACAAGUUUACAUCAACUAGACUAUGUUCUCCAGCACAAAGAAGAGGAAUCUCGUGAAUCCUUCAAGAUUCAAGAUCAUCUCAGCCCUAUGGUAAUUGAUGAAUUAGGCCUUGAAGAAAGCAAGCCAUGUGCUACCUUUGCUGAGUUAAAUCGCCAUCUAGAAUCUGCUUUACCUGAAGUUUACCUCAAGGACAUUUACAAGUACCUUAGGGAAUGCGAAGAACGCCAUAGACCUAAGCCCCAUUACAUGCGUAAGCAAUCUGACAUUACUCACGGCAUGCGCGCCAUUUUGAUUGAUUGGCUCGUUGAAGUUGCCGAAGAGUACAAAAUCCACAACGAAACAUUAUUCCUCGCCGUUUCUUUUAUUGACCGCUUUCUUUCGCACAUGUCUGUUUUGCGUGGAAAGUUACAAUUGGUUGGAACUGCCGCCAUGUUCAUUGCCGCUAAAUAUGAAGAGAUCUACCCACCUGAGGUUGGCGAGUUCGUCUACAUCACCGACGACACAUACACCAAGAAGCAAGUCUUGCGCAUGGAGCAUUUAAUCCUCAAAGUUUUAGCUUUCGAAUUGGCUGUGCCAACAACGAAUUACUUUCUCCAACGCUACAUCCAGACGUCUCGUUCAAGUGAGACGUGUCUGCACUUGGCAUCGUAUUUGUGUGAAUUGACAUUGAUGGAGACUGAGCCAUACCUGCAUCAUCUGUCCUCGGUUGUAGCCGCCUCUUCCGUUGCACUAGCAAGACUCGCCUGUGGAAACGAAAUCUGGCCGUCACACGUGCAGGUAUCAUCCGGUUACUCCCUUGAGCAGUUGAUGCCUUGCAUCAAGGAUCUCCACGCCACGUGGGUUCAGGCCCCAUCAAGCCCUCAACAAGCUAUCCGCGAGAAGUACAAGGCCGAAAAAUGGCAUGCUGUUUCUCUGACGACUCCACCGCCCAUCUCUACGUUAGAAUUGGCGCAGUUUUAGCGAUGGAUAGUAAUCACUGACCUUCUAAGAAUAUUUAUAAUAUGAAAUUUACGUGUUCUUUCCCCUAUUUCCCACAAAGGACGUUGUACAUAACAUCGAUAUCUCGAUUGUUUCCCUUUCUGCCAUUCCGAUUUGUCUCGUUUUAACAUUUUUUUAUUUUUCGAAAAGUCGUGAAAAUUUAAACCAAAAAACAUUUGAAAAAAAAAUAAGAAAACAUAUCGUAGUCAUGGCUACGAAUUUUCCCUCAUCCUGUGAAUCAUAUCACUGUCAUAAGUUUCAAUUUUUGUACAAAAAAAAAUCCUAAAAGUGUGCUGCUAGAUUUAAUACAUGACUUGUCAAAACAA